AUGAUCUCAGUGAUGGCAGCCAUACUGCUCCCUCAUGCGAACAAGCCCAACUUGAUCGACACCCAGAUCCAGUUCGGUGCGAUCAGCCGUUUAUGGGGCUAUCCUGACCCCAUCGGCAUCGCCCGCGCUGAUCAUCCACGCGAGACUAUAAACCCUCGUGUGUCCCCGUAUCCUGGGGCUCUUCUUCUUCCAAACCCAUACAAUAUCGAUAUCAUGGAUCUGGCCAGUCUCCUGCAGGGCUCCGCCCCCAAGUCAUACACUGAGACCUAUGGCAAGCGCUCUGCGCCUCUGUCGCCUCCCAUUGAAGAGCCCAAGUGCUCGCUACCCUCAAUCUCCACGCUACUCGAGGGUGCCGAUGACCACGCAGCCAAACGUCAACGCCUGAGUCCCCAGCGCGAACACUCAGUCCAAUAUGAUGUUCGCCUGCCGCCAACUCCUCCACUGCGUCCAGGCUCCGGCUCCGGCCAUGCAUCGCCCUCAUCCAAGGACCACCGGUCCUCCAUCUCCUCCAUCAACUCCAACCCCCAAAUGGGCCCCUAUGCUUCCCCCGCGCCUAGCGUAUCCUCCUAUACAUCUCACACCUCCCCAGUGGAGGCACCCCCCCCACCACCACCAUUGACUCCGGCCUGGCAACAUCACCACUACUUCCCCCCUUCCACCACAACCCCCUACCAACAAAACCACGACCGCUAUAUCUGCCGCACCUGCCACAAGGCUUUCUCGCGUCCAUCCUCGCUGCGCAUCCACUCGCACAGCCACACAGGCGAGAAGCCCUUCCGCUGCACCCACGCAGGCUGCGGAAAGGCCUUUUCCGUGCGCAGCAACAUGAAGCGCCAUGAGCGUGGUUGUCACUCUGGUCGUCCGGUCGCUGCCACAGCGCUGGUAGUUUGA